ACAGCUGCGGCGGCGGCGGCGGCCGCGGCCACACGCGGAACCCCGAUCCCAACCCUCUCCGCGCCCGGCCAUGCCACCUCCCCCGCCGCCCACCGUGCUGGUGCCAUCGGAGCGCGCCGUGGUGCUUUUGUCGUGCGUGCUCUCCGCUGUGGGCUCGGGCCUGCUGAUAACCACGCACGCCCUGUGGCCCGACCUGCGCAGCCUGGCGCGGCGCCUGCUGCUCUUCCUGUCCCUGGCCGACCUGCUCUCGGCCGCCUCUUACUUCUACGGGGUCCUGCAGGACUUCGAGGACUCCUCGUGGGACUGCGUGCUGCAGGGCGCGCUCUCCACCUUCGCCAACACCAGCUCCUUCUUCUGGACGGUGGCCAUCGCCCUCUACCUGUAUCUCAGCAUCGUGCGCACAGCGUGCGGGCCCGAGACUGGCCGCCUGCUCUGGGCUUUCCAUGUCGUCAGCUGGGGGGUUCCGCUGGCCAUCACCGUGGCAGCCGUGGCUCUGAAGAAGAUCGGCUACGACGCCUCGGACGUGUCGGUGGGCUGGUGCUGGAUCAACCUGGAGGCGGAGGACCGGGUGCUGUGGAUGCUGCUGACCGGGAAGCUGUGGGAGCUGCUGGCCUACGUCACCCUGCCCGUGCUCUACCUCCUCAUCCGGAAGCACAUUCACCGGGCGCGCGAGGAGCUCUCGGAGUACCGGCCCAUCGUCUCUGAGGUGCACCGGCUCCAGCGACACACCUCUGUGGCCGAUAAGAAGCUGGUCCUCAUCCCGCUCAUCUUCAUUUGCCUCCGGGUCUGGAGCACGGUGCGCUUCGUCCUGACCCUCUGUGGCUCCCCGGCGGUGCGGAUGCCGGUGCUGGUGGUUUUGCACGGCAUCGGGAACACCUUCCAGGGAGGUGCCAACUGCAUCAUGUUCGUCUUCUGCACCCGCGCGGUCAGGACCCGACUCCUCUCUCUCUGCUGUUGCUGCACCCCUCAGCCUCCCGCCGCCGAGAGCCUGGCCAGCCCUCCCAAGGCCCCUGUGCCCUCCAAGAGCGAGUCUCAGAGGCCCAGGCGGACCCCAAACGAACUUCCAAGCACCUGAGCUGCUUCCCUCCUAGUUCCGGGCGUGGGUGCAGCCGACCUGGGGCCUCCUGCCGUUGCAGCUCCUGACCCCUGUGGGGAGCAGCGCAAACUCAGCUUGUCUACCUCCUCGACCCUCAGGCACGUCCCCCUCACGCCGUGUCCUUCGGCACUGGGGGGAAUUCUGUCAGCACGAGGGCUGCACUGAGAUUCAGGGAAACCAGUGGUUCAUGAGCACUGCCAGUUGGCCUUGUGGUCCAGGAGUCUGGGGCCCCUGACCACACGGCACUGUUUACACUUGGAGGGACCCACACCGGUGGGAAAGGCACCGAGAGAUACAUGUACAACCGUGCACCCAUCCUCAAUAAACUGUCAGGGUGCCAAAGAAAGGGGCCCCCACCGAGAUAACACAGAGCAGAUUCCUGGUUUGUCAGAGCGUCGGGAUUCCCCUGAGAGCCUGGCUUUUCCUGGAUGGCUUUACUGGUCAAUGCAAGGGUCGGUUACCUUGAACCAGGAGGUUCCCUAGUGACCAGCAUGGGCACAGCUGCACACAGCGGCUCAGGAUGGCCAGUCUGCAGGGGCCUCCUGAAUUGUGUCCAUGGGCUCCCUGCCCUUGAUGGAGAUGGUGUGGCCAGGAUCCAGACUCCUGCCUCCAUGAGACACUUAACGUUGGGGAAGGAUUGGGCUUCCCUGGUGGCUCAGAUGGUAAAGAAUCUGCCUGCAAUGCAGGAGACCCAGGGAUGGAGCCCUGGAGAAGGGAAUGGCUGUCCACUCCGGUAAUUCUUGCCUAGAGAUUGCUGAUUUACUCACUUUCUAGGUUAAUUUUUUAUAGGAAAGGCAACCAGAGAGUUAGGAAAUCACCCAAAUACUGAUUUUUGAAGGGGAAAGUUAGGGGAAUUGGUUGGGGGUAUGACACAUGCAUCCUGGGGUGAUUUGAAAGAAAAAGGAUUUAAAAGAAGCAUCCGUUAACUCUAUCGUCUAUGACUCUUCCACCACCCCUUUCCUCUUUAGGUCAGAAAACAGUUUCUCUGUUAAGUCACAGAAGCCACUGGCUAAGAAGGGAGGUGUACCUGUCACUGGGCCGGGGGGCUUGAGGAGGAGGAGUCGAACUUAACAGGUGCUGCCCCUCCCUUAGAUGCCCCUCCCGUGGGUCCCACGAGCACUCUGCAUAACUGCAGAGAUGUUCUAAACCCGGAAAAUGGUUGUGGAUUAAAAUCAAAGCCACAGCCUACUGUUGAUCCCUCUUUUACUCUCAAAAGCAAAAUCUGUAACAGGAAGAGACUGGAAGGAAGAGUCCUCUACAGAAUUAGGUCGAAAACGCUCUUGUUGGGUUUCCUUUUUAAAAAAGAUUUUAUGAAAAUCAGCAAGGGGUGGACAUCCCUUUAGGAUUCAGAGAAAGUUCCGGGCUGCUGGGCAGGAGGGCAGUCUGCUUACAGAAAUGGCCUACGUUGGGGGAGUUGGUGUUCCCCUAAGGAUGUUACAGCACACCUUGGGGGCCCAGAGGGUAAAGAGCCUCAUGUUAGCUUCUAGAAUGGAGCAGAAAUUCAGGAAGUUGCUGCUGCAAAGGGGAAAAUCAGUCAUGGAUGAGUUAGAGUAUGGGCCCCGGGGGAGAAUGAUGCUAGACUACCUCCAGUUCUCAAGGGGGCCCCAGAGGCCUUGGGUCAGAUGGCGCAACACUGCUGCCUGCUGGGCGUGGCCUCUAAGGACGAGCCUGAGACCUGGGUUUCCCCAGACCGGAUGCAGCCAGGAAACACCUGCAAAAGGAGUCCGGCACAGAGAAGAGCACCUCUGCUGUGCUGUCUGCUCUUCUGAAAACCACCCCGAAGAUGCAGCUAUUUCCAUUCCCUCCCUCUGCUCCCCACCCCAUCUCUGUAGAUGGGUGAAAGUGUUCCUGUGAGUGGGGAACAGGGCAGGGACAGGGCAGGGGAGGGACUCGUUCUUGUGCCCAGAGGCUGGCAAACAGCAGCAUCUCCUUUCUCAGGUCAGUCUAGCUGGAUGGGUGGAGUUCAGAGCAGUAGAACCAGUAGAAUAAAGCCCCUUUCUGAACUCCAGGAGGGGUUCCUGCCUCAUAUGAGAGCAAGACAGAAGUUUGUUCCUCUUACACGUGGUGGGGCUCCUGUGGGUUCUCUCUCUGUGUCAGUGUAGUUAAAGGUUAUCUACCCUCAUUUCCCAGGCACCGCUGGAUGACCUCAGCCUGCACAGGGGCUAUGAGCUCAGCCCGAGCCCUGCUCUUCUCAGGCACUUUUUGAACCUUGGUCUUUUUCUCAGGUUUACUAAGCACUUUCUGCCUCUUUGUACUUCUGAGCUUCUGAAUUGUGUCUGUUUUUGGUUUUUGUGUGUGUGUGUGUUUGUUUUUUAAUAAAGAUUAUGACUUUAGCCUUGGUUGAAGGUGCAGACAGAGCUCUGCAUGCAUCCAUGACAAGAAAAAGAAUGUUUUUGCAGACUUCCUGUAGCAGCAUAAUGACAUUGAGAGAGGUUUUUUUGCACGUGCAAAGUUGUCAUGAGAACCCUGACUGGGUCAAGGCCAAAGUGGCUAUUUUUAAUAAAAUAUUUUUCUUUUGUGUGUUUGGUAAA